CCCGAGCCUCCAAUCCCCGGCUGUCCUGCUGCUGCUCCACUUCUUCUCCUGGUUCCUCCCUCCUUCUCUCUAUUUCCCAUCCCCUGGAGGGGGCGGGGCCGAGCGCUGUUUCCUGCAGCCAAUACAUUGGAGCACAGGGAAUCCAGCCGCGGAAAAUACCAAGUAGCGGAGAGGGGAGCCUGCGGGGACUCGCGACCCUUCCCCAUUACAGACACAAGCGGAUCCCCCCCUCCCAUCUGUAGAGUUCCGCGGGUUGUGUGCGAGUGGAAGCAGCGCCCUGGCUCAUAAGGGGAUCCCGUCCUCUCCCCUGAGGAUGUCUCGGAAGGUGCAGAGAGGCGAGCUGUGCGCAGACUGCAGUGUCCCAGAUCCUGGGUGGGCCUCCAUAAACCGCGGCGUUCUGAUCUGUGAUGACUGUUGCAGUGUGCACAGAAGUUUGGGGAGACACAUCUCCAUCGUGAAACAUCUAAGGCACAGCACGUGGCCAUCAUCUCUCUUGCAGAUGGUGCACACGCUGGCCAGCAAUGGGGCAAACUCUAUCUGGGAGCACUCCCUUCUGGAUCCAGCACAGGUACAGAGCGGCCGACGUAAAGCCAACCCCCAGGACAAGUUACACCCCACAAAGUCUGAGUUCAUUCGUGCCAAGUAUCAGAUGCUAGCGUUUGUACAUAAGCUGCCAUGUAGGGAUGACGAUGGAGUGACGGCUAAGGAUCUGAGUAAGCAACUCCACUCCAGCGUGAGGACAGGGAACCUGGAGACUUGCUUGCGGCUACUAUCUCUCGGGGCUCAGGCCAAUUUCUUCCACCCGGACAAAGGAACGACGCCAUUGCACGUAGCAGCAAAAGCCGGACAGAUCUUGCAGGCAGAGCUCUUAGUGGUGUAUGGAGCAGACCCUGGGGCACCUGAUGUGAAUGGCAGGACACCCAUUGAUUAUGGCAGGCAGGCUGGUCACCAUGAUCUGGCGGACCGAUUGGUGGAGUGUCAGUAUGAACUGACAGAUAGGUUAGCCUUUUACCUGUGUGGACGCAAACCAGAUCAUAAAAAUGGCCAUUACAUUAUCCCCCAGAUGGCUGACAGAAGUCGGCCUCGAGGUGCGCCUCAGAGUUUGGACCUGUCGGAGCUUGCAAAGGCGGCUAAGAAAAAGCUACAAGCCCUCAGUAACCGGCUGUUUGAGGAGCUCGCCAUGGAUGUCUAUGAUGAAGUUGAUAGAAGAGAAAGCGACGCAGUUUGGCUGACCACGCAGAACCACAGCACUUUGGUUACGGAACGCAGUGCAGUCCCCUUCCUUCCAGUUAACCCCGAAUAUUCAGCCACAAGGAAUCAGGGGCGGCAGAAGCUGGCACGAUUCAAUGCACGGGAAUUUGCAACUCUGAUCAUAGACAUCCUGAGCGAGGCCAAGAGGCGGCAGCAAGGGAAGACCCAAGUAAUCCCCACAGACGAUCUUGACUAUGACUGCGAUGACCAACACGAUUAUGAUAGUGUAGCAUCAGAUGAAGACACCGACCAGGAGGUGCUCAGAAACUCCAGAAACAACAGAGCAAGGAGUAUGGACUCCUCAGACCUGUCGGACGGCCCCAUCACGCUCCAAGAGUACUUGGAAGUUAAAAAAGCGCUGGCAACAUCAGAUUCCAAAGUGCAGCAACUGAUGAAGGUGAAUAACAAUCUGAGCGAGGAGCUGCGCCGGCUGCAGAGAGAGAUCCAAAAGCUACAAUCAGAAAACACACAAAUGAAACAUCAGACAGGUCCUUCACCGCCCCCACCUGCAAACCCGGACCGGACUGAACACCCCACGUCCGCUGCCCACCAACGAGUCCGUCAGGCAUUCUCUAUGUAUGAGCCGGGCUCUGCACUCAAGCCUUUUGGACAGUCCACAGAUGAUCUGAGUAACAGGCAUUUCCACUCCGGUAUCCGGAAAGGCAUUUCUGCCUCUUCUGUGCCCUUUCCCCCCUUGUCUUCCCCUCUGUUCUCUGGACCCCCGGACACUGGCCGGAACAUGACAACAAAAAUGGAGCGUCAUGGCAGCGGCACAGACAGUGACUAUGAUAAUACACAGACCAAUGAAACCAGCAGCGGACUCAAUGGCAGGAGGUUCCUGGAAAUGUCCCGGGAUGAGGAUUCCCACACGGAGGCUGAGGAUGUGGAGCUGGAGUUGGACCCUGCCCUUCCCAGUACAGAGGACGUGAUCCUCCGGACAGAGCAAGUUACCAAAAACAUCCAGGAGCUGCUGAGGGCUGCACAGGAGUUCAAGCACGACAGUUUUGUCCCGUGUUCGGAAAAGAUUCACUCCGCAGUAACCGAGAUGGCAUCUCUCUUCCCCAAGAAACCUGCCCUGGAGACCGUGAGAUCAUCACUACGGUUACUUAAUGCCAGUGCCCACCGGCUGCAAAGCGAGUGCCGCAAAACCAACCUGCCCGAGCCAGGGGCCUCUGUGGACUUCCAGCUCCUGACACAACAGGUCAUCCAGUGCGCUUAUGAUAUUGCAAAAGCCGCCAAACAGCUGGUCACCAUCACCACCCGUGAGAAGAAGCAGUGACCACCCUGGGAUCUCCAUUUCCAAACUGUCAGUUUGCCACACAGAGCUCUUAGUCCCACGUAUCUGCCAGCCUGUCCUUGCGGAUUUAACAAAUGACUAUGAGGUGGGGCUACAGCCCCCCCCCUCACUGAAUAACACUAGCAAUUGGCUUCCUACAUUCCACCCGAGCUGAAUUAAAGGUGCAGCCCCAUAACAUACAAUUGUAUCUGUGCAAUUCUGCCCUUGUCCUGUACAUCCUACAAUCUGUAUUGUCUGAUGUCCAUUACACUAAACGCUAAAGGAAUAUACGGAUUUCAA